UCGGUACAUGAUCAAAACAACACGUUUUGUGGAUCUGAAAGCACGUUGUUUAUUAACUAAUAUUAUUAUUUAUCAUUGAAAAUGAUCGUGAAUUGAAUUUAAAUGCAGCACACGAGAAUCAAUAAACGUUCGGCGGUGAAAACCUUGUCGGAUAAAAUCCACGAGCAGUUGGCCGCCACAACAACCGGGCACGACGAUGAUUCGGACAACGAAGAAACGCAGCCUCGAUUUAGUGAAUUCGACGAAAAUGACGACUUUCUGGAAAAGGCAGCCAGCGGUGGACUGAGUGAUUUUCGGAAGCAAAACGUUAAAUCUUUGGAUGCUGUCGAUCGGAAGUAUCAAGGGCAGGUGUCUUCCCGCCAGGAUGUGUUUAGCAGUGACACCGAUGACGAAGAAAGUGCUGACAGUGAAAAUGGCCAGCAGCAGCCGGGUGCGUUUGUGAAGUUGAGACCUUCCCAGGUAGAUUCGGAGGACGAUAAAUACAAUUCAGAAGAAGACGAUGGGUCCGAUUAUUUGGACGUGGCAAGUGAUCAAGGCGAGAGUAAUGAAGAUGAAGAGGAAGACGAUGACGAUGAUGAGGAGGAAGAUGAAGAGGAUUUCACUCUGGGAGAGUUUCUAGGUCAAGGUGAUAGAGAAGAUCAAACACUAAUUCAGGAGGAAAAUCGACAGGAAAAAGUUCAAAAGGGCAUCUGUGUUCAAAAUCAACUUAAAAUGUGGGAACGCCUGUUGGAAAUUCGUAUCAAAAUGCAAUCAAGUUUAAUAACUGCCAAUUCGCUUCCCCAUGAAGAUAAGUACAACAGAUUUCGAGAGAAUCCCCAGUUCCUAGAAGCUUCCAACCGGGUAGUUCGAACUGUCGAAUCCACUUUAAAUGCCCUACUUGAACUUCAAGAAUUUCAAACGCAACGAUUCUCGGAGACAAAAGACCUACUAAAAUCGGGAACAAAACGAAAAUUGAAAGACCGUGGAAAUGAUGAGGAAUCUAAAAGUCAGCGGUUAAACCACUAUGAGUCGUCAAUAAACGCCAACUAUGCAAACUACAAACCGUAUAGAAACGACGUAAUUCAGAAGUGGCACGAUCGAACUAAAGCCUCUAGUAACACUAAAAAUGCUCAUCAGUCCUUUGACAUAAUCCAAAAAAUCGAAAACAGUAUGCUGGCGAAAGGUGACCUGAUACGGAAAUCCCAGCUUUACAGGGGUGGUUACGAACUAUUUGAAAAGCCUGAUGUACAGUCCAGUGGAUCUCCGGGAACUGCUGUUGAUGCCGAAGACACACCGGAACCGAUUUAUGAUGAAGAAAUUUUCGACGAUUCUGAUUUCUAUCAUGCUCUGCUGCGUGAACUGAUUGAAUAUAAAUCCAAUACCGUGGAAAACCCACAGGAAAUUAAUGCCAAGCUGGCAGAAUUGCAAAAACUCAGAAGCAAAAUGAAGAAACAGGUCGAUACGAGAGCUUCCAAGGGAAGAAAAAUUAGAUACGUAGUUCAUAAGAAAAUGGUUAAUUUCACUGCCCCGGAAGACAACCACGAAUGGACCGAUGAAGCAAAGGACGAAUUGUUCAGCUCGUUGUUUGGUGCUACUUUGGCAGAAUGAUCGAGCCUUGUGUUAAAAUAUAUAAUAAAACUA